CACACGAUGCAACCAUACUCCAGAUCCGGCGGAACGAGAAAGUGCUUCUACGAAUUCCAAACCUUGGUUUCCUGCUACACCUCGGCUGAUACUACUACCAAGAAGGAAUGCACACCACAAUUCGAUGACUACUUUGAAUGCUUGCACGGUUACAAGGAAAGAGAAAGAACCAGACUCAUGUUGCAGCAGUUGAAAGAAAAUGAACAGACCAAGAGCGGGGUCACUGCCCAGGAAUUAUUCAAGGCAUCAGGUUCUAUUUAUGAGAACUUGGACUUGGUGAAGAAAUAAGCGAUAUCCAAACUCAUAAAGAUCUGAAAAGUUACAUAAAACCUAAGAAACAAUCUCGAGAAGAAACAAUCACGAUUUGAAUUGAAUUGUCGAUCAAACUUUCCAGGUAUUGUCUUUUAGAUAUUGCCUAUUGAAGAGGGAUGUCUCCCUAUUCUUGAAGUCAUAUAUUUCUUGGAGUUAGGUGUAUCUUCUCAGAUCGUUCCAUGCUACUACUUCUGAGUCUUUCUUUUCAUAUUUAUUCCUUCUCAUGUAAAUUAUAGUUUUACGACACGUCAUUUUAUAUCAUUGGUAUUGCUAAUACACUGCAUCUUUUACGGUAAACUCUUUAGUCGUAUGUAGUUGUAAUAUCACACAACUCCU